GCGAGAACAAGCGAAAUCUUGGCCAGCGGGCGGCCGGUGGAUCCAUCGACCGGUCAGUUCUCAAUUAAUGUUGAUAUCAUCACUCCGUCGCGUCCCCCGAUUUGCCCCCCACCAUAUGAUGUAAUGCGAUUACCUGGACUUUUCGCUGGUAAGCAGCGGUCAAAACCGGCGGUGACCCUGAGAGGGUGCCCCUGAUCAAUCCUACACCUUUCAUCUCUCGCAAUUCUCGCCCUUGUCAUUCAUUCAUUCAAUUUCCCUUGUCUGAACACACAAUGGCUCCCCUCAAGCUCAACAGCAAGAACCUGUCGCAGAUCUCGACGGCCGGCGAGUCCCAGGUCAAGGUCCCGACCUACCAGCGCGGCGGCGCCGUCAAGGAGGGAAUUGUCCACGUCGGCGUGGGCGGCUUCCACCGGGCUCACCUGGCCGUCUAUGUCGACCAGCUGAUGCAGAAGCACGGCGUCACGGACUGGGCCAUUUGCGGCGUGGGCUUGCAACCGUUCGAUGCCGGCAUGCGCGAUGUCCUGAACUCCCAGGAUCACCUCUACACGGUCAUUGAGCGUUCGGCCAAGGGCAGUUUCGCCAAUGUCGUCGGCAGCAUCAACUCCUACCUCUUUGCUCCCGACGACCGGGAGGCCGUCAUCGCGAAGAUGGCCCAUCCCGACACGCACAUCGUCUCGCUGACCAUCACCGAGAGCGGCUACUACUACAACGAGAACUCCCACGAGCUGCAGAGCGAGCACCCCGACAUCCAAUUCGAUCUCGACCCGGCCAACGAGAACGCCCCCCGCACGACCUUCGGCUUCCUCUACGCCGCCAUGGCCCGCCGCCACCAGCAGGGCCUCAAGCCGUUCACCACCAUGUCCUGUGACAACAUGCAGAAGAAUGGCGCCAUCACGCGCCACAUGCUCACGUCGUUCGCGCGCCUCAAGAACCCCGAGCUCGCCAAGUGGAUCGGCGAGCAGGGCCACUUCCCCAACGCCAUGGUCGACCGCAUCACGCCGCAGACCUCCGCCACCGACAAGACCGCCCUCGCCGAGAACUUCGGCAUCGAGGACGCCUGGCCCGUCGUCACGGAGCCCUUCAUGCAGUGGGUGAUCGAGGACCACUUCUCCGACGGCCGCCCGCCCUUCGACAAGGUCGGCGUGCAGCUCGUCAAGAACGUCCACAACGUCGAGGAGUUCGAGAUGCACAAGCUGCGGCUGCUGAACGGCAGCCACUCGGCCAUCGGCUACCCCGGCCAGCUGGCUGGCUUCAAAUACGUCCACGAGGUCAUGGAGCACCCCGUGUUCAACAAGUUCGUGUGGCAGAUGAUGCAGGAUGAGGUGAAGCCCCUGCUCCCGGAGAUCCCGGGCGUCAACAUCGACGAGUACUGCAAGACGCUGGUGGCGCGGUUCUCCAACCCCACCAUCAUGGACCAGCUGCCGCGGAUCUGCCUCAACGCGUCCGGCAAGAUCCCCCAGUUCAUCAUGCCCUCGAUCGCCGAGGCCAUCUGGGUGACGGGUCCCUUCCGCCGACUGUGCUUCGUCGCCGCCGCCUGGUUCCACUACAUCAACGGCGUCGACGACAACGGCAACAAAUUCGAGGUCGAGGAUCCCAUGCGCGACGAACUCCAGGCCAAGGCUCGCGCCGGGGGCUCCGAUCCUUCCUCCCUCCUUAGCAUCUCGAACCUGUUCGGUGACGACCUCCGCAACGACGAGCGGUUCAUGAAGGAGAUCUCCAAGGCCCUGGAGGACAUCUCCCGGGACGGUAUCCUCAAGACCCUUCCCAAGUACGUUGAUUAAUCGCAACGUCUAUAUCCGAGCUUUCUGGCUUUGUCGAUUUUUGAAAAAGGGCUUUUGGUGUGUCUGCAAGCGAUGUUUAUGUUUGAUGAUUAUUUUGUCCAUUUUCAUUUUAUCAUGCUUAUAUGUUCAUUCAUCUUUUUGGAUACGUUAUGAGGGAGUGAUUUACGAGAAAAAAACACCUAUAUAGAGAUAGAUGAUGAUAG